AAAGUAAUGGUAGCCGAUGUUACUUAGCAAACAAGCUAAGGAACUAGGAAGUUGUUUAUUAAGCUAGAAAUAGAUUUGAUGUUUUCGUUAACAUUUUCCCCAUUACUUCAAGUGUAAACAGCACUUUAGCGGAAUGCAGGUCUUUUUAAAUGUUAGGAGUGCUGCUUUGUUUCUGUUGUUGUUAGUGUUAGUUACAGAAGCAACAGAUGACAGAAGUGAAACAAGAACUCUUCCUUCUUCAACCCUUGAAGCCAUCAGUGAAAAGCUAGGGAAUGGAUAUAAAAUAAUUGACAUCUCAAAGUAUGAUCAUUUGUCCGGUUCCAAACCAACAUCAAGGCUGAAACGUGCAGCUAAUGAUCAGGAUGGUGUUGAUCCAAAAAAUAUAGUUACGAUGGCCAAGUUGAAUGAUUCACACCCAACUCUUGUUAUUCACUGGGCAGGAGAAUCAAGUGACUUGCUUGUUGCCCUUGCAAAGUCACCCAGUGGGAGUAGCAGUUCCUUGUUUCUGUCAUGGAACUAUGGCCGUACGUACACAGAUGUAAGUAAAUUGCUGAAUACUUCUGAUGGUAGACAAGCUGUUCUCAAUACAUUCUACAGCCUGAAAGGAUUUAUAAAUCAUUACAUCUUUACAGAUGUAGUCCACAAGUGUGUCUUCACAACCGAUGAUGCUGGGCACAACUUCAACUCGUACUGUAAUCUACCAUUUAGGCCUAAGAAGCUGAGCCAGAACAGCAUCAACCCUUCCAUGGUACUUGGCAUGGACGAUGAUGAUCCAGCAAAACAGUUGUAUUACUCUGAAGACUUUUGUCAGACCUGGAGGCCUGUGUUCAGCAGUGUUAAAUCCUUUUACUGGGGUGUGCUGCCUUAUGAUGACUCUUCUACCAUCUACAUAGAAAAGGUCCAGGCCACGGGCAAGGCACAGAUCAUCCGCUCUAAGAACUUGUUCACGUCCAGCCAGCAGAAUGACCUCAUGCUGUCGGAGGUCAUUAGCUUUGAGAUGAGGGAUGAAUACAUGUUUGCCACCAAGUCUGUGAGACUUCUGGGAGCGAAGUACAACCCCCAACUCCAACUGUGGGUGUCAUACAACAGGGGUCAUUUUAUGAAAGCUGAGUUCCCUGUACAAGGAAACAUCACAGACUUUUUUGUUGCGGACACGUCAGAGGGCCAGAUGAUGGUGUGUGCUACCGUCAAUGAAACAACCAACCUGUACAUAUCUGACAGUGAAGGCUACAGGUUCUCCCUCUCACUGGAGAGGGUUGUAUACUUCAACCCUAAGACAAUCAACAACCUCAACUGGCUCAGAUUGUUUCCAAAAGACGCUUUUGUCGACUUGACCAAAGUCAAUGGGAUACCUGGCAUCUACAUCGCCUCCCAACAGUCAACCAAUGUCUUUGAUAUUGACGCCCAGAUCACCCUGAUCUCCUUUGACAAGGGUGGGCAGUGGCAGCGCAUUCAGGCCCCCAACUACACCAUUGGUCAUAGGUUCAACAACUGUUCACUGUCAAACAACUGUUCUCUUCACCUGACCCAAGAAUACAGUAAGAUGAAUCGUGACAUCAGUGCCCAGUCUAUAUUAACUCAAGACUCUGCUCCAGGUCUGGUGAUUGCCUCUGGUAUCAUUGGUCAAAGCAUCAAAGGAAACCCUGAUGUUUACCUGUCCAGAAAUGCUGGCAUCACAUGGCACCAGAUUCUGACUGGCAACUACCUGUAUAUGGCGGCAGAUCAUGGUGGAAUACUAGUGGCAGUGAGACAAGCCAUGGCAGUGGAUGAGAUUUUAUACUCCAUGGAUGAGGGGGAGACUUGGAGCAGCUACAGGAUUUCCUCAGACAUGAUCAAGAUCUAUGGGCUGCUGACUGAGCCAGGGGAGAACACUACCGUCUUCUCCUUGUUUGGUUCCCUGGCAACAGGCCACGGCCACAGUUGGGUGGUGCUGCAGGUCAACUUUACCUCCCUGUUCAAUGGCCGCAAAUGCAACGCGUCCGAUUACAAAAUGUGGUCCAUAGACGAUGACCUGCCAGGAGAUGAUGGGUGUCUGCUGGGUCACAUCACCCAGUACCAGCGGCGUCUGGAGCGCAGGGUGUGCUACAACGGUGAAGACUUUGUCAGGAAAUCCGAAGUCAGAAACUGUGCAUGUACUAGAGAAGAUUUUGAAUGUGACUUUGGGUUUGAGGAGAACACCUUAGAACUGGAGUACCGAGCAACAGAGUCGGAGACAGUUUGCAGGCAGCAUUCUAAUUUUUCCAGCAUCAACGCCAUACCUAGUCACUGUCCUCCUGGAACUUUCUACAGCUUCUCUAGAGGUUACCGUAAAGUUGCUGGGGACACUUGUGAAGGCGGCCAAGACCACAGAUAUGGACCUAUUCAAUAUGCCUGUCCAAUCCAAGAGAGAAGUGAAUUUCUUUUGAUAACGGAACUUAAUGCCGUGUCUAUGGUGGACCUAAGCUCAGGCGAAGCUGUGCUGAUGUUUACAGAUAGUUCCAUGGUGUCCAGUGUUCCAGCCAUCUUUGAUUACCAGAUGAACUGUGUCAUGUAUGUUGUUGAAGGCUAUGCUAUCCAGAAAAAGUGCCUCAGCUCUGACCUACCAGUGCUGAUGACUGAGGUCAAAGGUCACCAGGGCCACAGUGAAGUGGCCCACAUGGCAUUUGACUGGACAGGGAGGAACAUCUACUUCACUGACCCCAUGAGUAACACCAUCCGAGUGGUAAACGUGGACGGCCGGUACCAGAAGACCAUCUACGGCGAGGCUCAGGGAGUGUACAGGCCGAGGGCCAUUGUUGUUGAUCCACACCAUGGGUACCUCUUGUAUGUUGGUGCCAAUGACAAUUCCAACUCAACGUAUUCCAUAUUCCGUGCUGUUAUGGAUGGCUCUGACAAGAACAUGACAAUGGUGGCCAACAGCUCCUAUGUGACGUCCAGUAUCCUGCUGACACUGGACAUUGCGACCGAGCGUCUCCUGUGGGUCAACCCUAGCAACUCCAUGCUCUACAGUUCCUCCAUCUUUGGGGCGCCAGUCACGUCUGUGGCUGUGGCUCACCUGUCUGGGAUAUCAGGUGUAGGGAUCUAUAAGAACUCCGUGUAUGUGGUGUCUCAACAUAAUCCUUUAAUUUUUGUACAAGACAAUGUCAGGCCCACUCUGUAUCACUCAUUUGCUAGAGCACACAGCAGUGUGAUGGGGAUGGUGGUGGUAUCAAACACCUCACAGCAUGCUAUGAGUGCCUGCAGUACCUACAACAAACGCUGCACCCAGCUGUGCAUGCCCAGACCCACCCCGGGGACCAACAACCAGAACAGGACCUGUCUCUGUGGGGAUGGGUACCUGGUGGAGAAAAAAAACGGCUCCACAGAUGAGUCCUGCCUGUGUGAGAAAGGGGAGAUUAUGCAAGCCAAUGGUACUUGCACGCCAGCCAGCCCAGGUGGAUCAUGUGCCAUUGAUAAGCUGACCUGUCGGAAUGGCCACUGCAUCCUGCUGAUGUGGAAGUGUGAUGGUGAUGAUGACUGUGGUGAUGGCACUGAUGAAAGUGAUUGUCCAUACACCACCUGCAACAAAGACUCGUUCACCUGCCAUAGCGGCAAGUGUAUCCCUUCACAGUGGAGGUGUGACAAGGAGGAUGACUGCAGGGAUGGCCUGGCAUCUGAUGAGCUCAACUGUGGAGAUAAAAACUGCUCAUCCAACCAGUUCAAGUGCUCAAAUGGCUACUGUAUUGACAGUAGUUGGAAAUGUGAUUUAGACAAUGACUGUCAUGAUAACUCUGAUGAGGAGGGCUGUUUUAGUUCCUGCAAAAAAGAGGAAUUCAUGUGCAACAAUGGAAAAUGUAUCAACAACUCCAAACUGUGUGAUGGCCACCUAGACUGUUCAGAUGGCUUAGAUGAAUUAGGAUGUUCAAUGCAUACUAAUUGUUCAGAACAUGAGUUUUACUGUGGUGAUGGAAACUGUACUUACGUGGGCUUCAGGUGUGAUGGUGAUGCAGACUGUGCUAAUAGUGCUGAUGAAAUAAACUGCACCACUGAACUACCUCCAUCAACACCUCCAGGAACUGAUAAAUGUGGCAUCCUCACCUUAAAGUGUGACAACGGUGGCUGUAUCAGCUGGUUGGACUAUUGUAAUGGUAUUGAUGACUGUGGGGAUGGAUCUGAUGAAGCUGGUUGUGACGAAGAGCACACAACAGAAACAACACCACCAUCCUCACCCUACUACACCUGCAGCACGGAACAGUAUAUGUGCGAAGGUGCCACCCAGAUGUAUACUGGCAGGAGGUUGUGUGUCUGGAAAUCUUGGGUCUGUGAUGGCACCCCAGACUGUCCACAAGGGGAUGAUGAGAGGAACUGUCAAAACUGUCCACAAGGGGAUGAUGAGAGGAACUGUCAAAGUAAGUCACAAGGGGUCACUCUAGGGGUCAUUCUAGGGGGUCACUUUAAGGGUCAUUCUAGGGGUCAAUCUCAGGUCAACUGGCAGGAGGUUGUGCGUGUGGAAGUCUUGGGUCUGUGA